ACCAAGACAUUGUACCGAGGCAUGCUGGGUACGGGGAGAAUAAUAUGGCGGGAGGACGGCGUGCGGGGGCUUUAUCAAGGGCUGGGGCCCAUGCUGCUGGGAUAUCUCCCGACGUGGGCGGUCUACCUGGCUGUCUAUGAUCGAUCUCGGGAGUAUUUCUACGGCACGACAGAUAGCUGGUGGCUUUCAAGAGGAUACGCUUCGAUAACAGCGGGCGCAUGCUCGACACUAGUGACGAACCCGAUCUGGGUGAUCAAAACACGACUCAUGUCCCAAAGCCUCCGGCGCAGCAGCUCGGAAGGCUAUCGGGCCCCAUGGCAAUACAACAGCACGUGGGAUGCGGCUCGCAAGAUGUACAGAAGCGAGGGAAUCCGAUCGUUCUACUCGGGUCUCACCCCCGCACUGCUGGGACUCGCGCAUGUCGCCAUUCAGUUCCCGCUCUACGAAUACCUCAAGAUGGCAUUUACGGGCUAUGGGAUCGGAGAACACCCGGAUACGGGCAGCUCGCACUGGAUAGGGAUCACGUCCGCGACGUUCCUCAGCAAAGUCUGUGCCAGCACCGUGACGUACCCGCACGAGGUGCUCCGGACCCGGCUGCAGACGCAGCAGAGGACGUCGCCGACAUCAUCCCCGGAAGAGAUCUCAUUUCGCGGGGGGGUUGACCAUCCCCAGGAUCGGGGCAGACGUGCGGGUGCGUCGUCGUCGGAUGGGAUGCCCAAUCGGCCCCGAUACGCGGGGGUUAUUCGCACAUGCCAGACCAUUCUGAAAGAGGAAGGCUGGCGUGCAUUCUACUCCGGGAUCGGCACGAACCUGUUCCGGGCUGUCCCGGCGGCCAUGACGACCAUGCUUACUUACGAGUAUUUGAAGAAGACGAUCAGUCAUAUGAAGCAUGAGGGGGAGAUGAAGCUGCAGAUGCACGAGGGCCGAGUGAGCGAAGGAAUUUAACAAACACCCCUGAACUUGAAGGCGUACGAGCAGCAGGCUAUCCAUGCUGGAGUGGCGGGCAUUUAAACUUAGUGCCACAGGCCCAUUUACAUCCCUGCUAGCCGUACCCAAGUCGUUAUCAUACCUGAUAUCUUCUACCCGGGCCCGCGCGCCCUAUCCCAUCCCCAAUCAUCCUCCUGCUUGCACAUCGUCCACGAGACACCCUCGGCACAUUAAACCCAAACAGGGGCUAGGUUAGACCAAAGCUCUGACAUGUGAAAGCAUCAGCCAACAAUUCCAUUCCCUCUGUUGACGGUCCUUGGUGGCAUGAGUUUGAGCGUCCUUUGUUGUGUUUCGAUAAACCCGCAGUUGCAAUUGUACAUACACACACUUGAUAUCUGCCCUUCCUAGAAUAUAUGUUUUCUGUCAGUUAUCUUGUUCAUAGUUGUUCACCGUGUUUGCUUUGCUGCGGGAUUAUUGUCAUUUCGACUAGUACGACUAGCAGUACGGA